AUGGACUAUAAUAUAUUUGAAGGAAUAAAUGAGCAACAAAGCAGCGCAUCAGAGAUGGAUCUCUCAGAAGAAGAUAACAACCCAUUUGUGGGCACUCAUCACCUGUAUGCUUCAGGAAUCGGGACUACUAUCGAUGAAGUUCAGCCGGAAAAUGUGAAUUCUCCCCCUUCUUCGUCAUCUUUGCCAUCUAGCCCUGCUCAUUCCUCAUCUGCUGCUUCUUCGGGAGAGUUUACGGCUUCUUCUACCUCCUCAAAUGCCGUUGUGGAAGCUGAUGCAGAAACGGAGCCGUUUGUUUCUUUGUCGAUGUCCACUACCGCUACCAUCAACAAGGAUGCUCUGCAUGAUCCUAAUGGGAGUGAACAGAUUCAAAUUAUUGAUGCUGGCGAUUUCAAAGACCCUUGGGGAAAACACGCUAUCGGUUACGUAAUUUUGUAUGAAAACAACAAAAUUAUUAGAAGGUACUCGGAAUUUCAUUCCUUGAGACAAUCUCUUGCUAGACUCCUUCCUACAAUAAUCAUUCCACCUAUCCCGUCCAAACAUUCUCUCUUUAAGUACAUAUGGAGCCCUAUAAAUGCCACAAAUGAUUCCAAAAUCAUCUCCACCCGAAAGAAAAUGCUCAAUUCAUUCUUAUGCAACUGUUUGGAUAUUCAAGAAAUAAGUAAUGACAUCGUAUUCCAAAAAUUUUUGAAUCCUGAAUUCAACUGGAAAGAUGUUUUAAGCUCAUCACCAAUAAUAAUACUGCCUUUGAAUAACCUUUUAGCUCCACCAUUAAACCCAACCAAGCCAAGUCCCAUGCAUUCUAUUCUACCAAUUCCAUCCAAUUCGUCUUUGAAGAACUACAAUUCCAUUUGGCAACAACACAUCACAAUAAAAAGUAACAGUAAAGUUUCUAAGCUCCCAAUAGAAAUUCUACAAAACGAAUUGCAGUUUACACAUAUUGAAAACCUAUUUCAAAAUUAUAAGCGAAUAUUCAAUCAGAUAUUGAAAAAUAUAAGAUCAAAUAAGUCACAUUUCCACUCUUUGUCCACAUAUUUUGCUGAAUUGGGUGCAUAUUAUAACGCUUUUAGUUUAGAGAAUGACAUAACCAUUUCCAACAGCCUCCACCAACAUAACAGCAACUCAAAUAACCCAAUGAUGGAAAUCAUCAGCCACAUCGAAAAGAUAGGCCACUCAUUCGAUAUUAUAUACAUAUCUUCCGAGAUAUUGAUAGAGAAAUACAACUCUGUCCUUGAGGACCCCAUCAAUGAGUUAUUACAGUUCCUGAAUGAAUCAUUCAGAGUGUUAAAUUUCAAAAAGUUAAAGUUUUUGCAAUUUAAAAUCUUAGAGAAACUGAUUAUCGAGAAACAGGCUAAACUCUCGAACCUUACCGAGAUUGAAAACCAAUUACAAAAGAUCAAUGAAAGCCUGAUGCAUUCGACUAUAUUAACAGAUGAUAAUACCAUAGAUAUAAAGCCCGCUGAACCAACAUCUAUCACAAAGGACGUGAGAUCGCUAUCGAAAUCAAGCUCAACUUCAAAUUCCCGUGGACAUCAAAACGAAAUUCAUAUAGGUGCAAGCAAACUGAACUACAAAACUUCUACACCAACAAUGAAUUUGAACAAACUGGAAGUCAAACAAUUAACUGAACAAGAGAGAUCGAAACAGAUAAAACAAUUGAACCAAGAUUUAUCUAAGUUAAAAGAUUGUUUAUCGAUUUGUGUAUCGGAUAUGGUAGAAAUCAACACUUCGUCCUACAAUAGCUUAAUGCAUGCAUAUAAACAUAUUCACCUGACCAUCGCUAAGAUUUUGAAGCUUUUUACAACUAGCUUCAAAGCCUGGAUCAAAGAAUGUCUGAAAAAUUGGAAACUCGCCAAGUUACAAAUCGACCAGGCAUUAUAA